AUGCGUGGAAAAAGCUACGCGAAGCUCGUAUCCACUCUGGGAGUCAGAUGUCGGCAGACAAUAGGGUUGGCUUAUAAAAAUUGGAAAGAAGUCAACCAGACUCUGAAAAAUAAAGUUUGGAAAGACAUUCAGACGGGGUUCAUUGUGCCGGACACCUUCAAACAUGAUUGUCUCAUCCUAGCUGGGAAGUUAAUGAAAGACUUCAAGAAUAGGAUGACAAAAGACAUCAUAAUGCCCGCGUUGAAAGAGAAUGAUCUGGGACGACUGGCACAAGUCCCUGAAAAGCACCCGGAGAUCGACGCUGCUGAUUGGUGCAAAUUUGUUGAAAGUAGACUAACUCCUGAAUUUCUGGAAUUGAGUAAGGUGCAACGUGAACGUUCCUCAAAAAUUCAAUCCAGACAUCGAAGUAGUCGGAGUGGAAUGGUGAACGUACGGGAAGCUGUGGUAAGUAAUACUAAAAAUUUAAUGUGCUAUAAUGUGCUAUACAAUUUAAUUGGUACUCAUUUCAUUGUUAUAACGUUAUGUAGAAAAAGGACCUCGAAGUUGCAGAUCCUCCCCGCCACCGUGUUUGGAUUAAAUCUCGCACCAAGAGUAGAAAACUUGUCACUGAUUACGACAAGGAAAUUGCCGAGAAGAUAGUAAGUAUAUAUUAAUUCAUAUACUAAUUGCUUGAAUAUAUAAUUCAAUUAGAGUUAGUGUAUAUAAUUCAUAUACUAAUUGCUUGAAUAUAUGCGUGCAUUAGGCUCAAUUAGAGGAGAAGCUUAGUCAGGGACAAAUUCAGGUCCAGGGCCAAAACGAUAUCCUCACGCAGGCGCUCGGGACACCAGAGCAUCCUGGACGUGUCAGGGCUGCUGGGUAUGCUAUUACUUCAAAUGUUAUUUAUUUAGUUACACAAAUGAAAUCGUUGCUAAUUUGCAUUUUA